AUGCCGAGGAAAGCUGUUCAGACGGAAAUUUCUCCGGAGCACGGGCCCGAAAGGCCAUGCCGGAUUUGCGAGAUGCAGCUGCGCCUACAGGCGCUUUACGCCGGGCACGGCCUGGCCAAGAUCUGGAUAUGGGGGCGUUGGGCGCCGACAACUAGGAACAGGGCUUUUUGGGGUUUCGUGUCCGGCUCCGCGCUCGUUAUACUAUACAUGACCUUAGACGAGCCGUAUUAUACUGCCGGUGAUGGGGCUCAGCGCCUGGCUGUUUGGUUUCGGGAACGGUUUUCUUUGUCGAGACUCUUGGACGACAUACAGCAUCCUGAGGUCGAGCCCGAACCUGAGAGCAAGCCCGUUGUCAAGGCGAACAAGGCCGAAGCUAACACCGAAGUCGAGGCAGACGAUGAUUUUGAUCUCUGUGAGGUGGACCGAUGA